GCUACUCAUUGGUCAUUGACAAAGAUAGAAGAUGGAUGUUGUAGUCUGUAGACUGAUCACACCUGUACCAUCAGAUAAAGGUGAUGAAAUAGGCCAGAGUUCACGAUUCGUCUGGAGAGAGGUGCCAUCAUUGGAGAAAUAGAUAUUGUAGACGAUGGCUCCAACCUCGAGCGUCUGCAGCGCGGCGCCUGACUCGGCGUCUCACAGCCGGACCGUCUUAUCCCAUGAUGCCGACACCAGCGUCUUGCCGUCUGGCGAGAAGGCCAUGGCGCGGACCUCGCCCGAAUGGCCCUCGAGCGUCUGCAGCCGGACCGUCGCGUCCUUGCUGCUUCGAGGAUUUGCCAGCUAAACAAGUCGCUGAUGUUUUGCGUGCUGCCCGCCAUGACUCGGACUAGCGAC